AUGUUGGCACGUAUGAAAGAGCACAAGCAUGCUAGCCAACAGCAACAACAAGCAAAUUCCCAACAACAACAACAAACAACGAAUAGUACUACUGUUUCUACUACUACAACUCCCAAUUCUUCCAAUUCUACCUCUCCAGCAACUACGAAUACAUCCUCUCUAAAUUCACUAGCCUCUUCUAUCCAGUCAACACAAAAUCCUUCUCCAGUGAUUGUAGGUACUGGUAGCAGCAGCAAUAAUAACAGUCAAACAACAUCCUCAUUGCUGACAACAGCAGCAACAUCUAUUGGUAGUCUUGGAGGAGGCGGUUUGCAAAAUUAUGAUGAUGAUAACAAUAGCAAGAAGAGAAGUUUCCAAGAGAUGGAACAAACAAGUUCUUCAUAUUCUCGUACUGACGACUCUAGCAAGUUUAACAAAUCUUCUCAUCCAAGCAAUCCUUCAAACCUUCAUCACUAUGAUGAGAAUAAUGAUGAAGAUGAUGAAGAUUUAGACCUUUCUACAACAACAACAUCUUCAUACAACAAGCCACCACCAACACACCAACAAGGUUCAUCCUCCUCUUCGACUCAUUCUGCUUAUCCAUCUCAUUUCUCCAGCAGCAAUAACCGUCCAGUUGCUCCUCCUUCCAAAGUCCUCCUCUUUUCGAACCUUCCACCAAAUUGCCAAAAAUCAGAAUUGUUAGAAUUUGAUACCUUCAAUGAGUGUAAAUUCCAAAAGGUUUUCCUCUUCAAACAACCAGCUCCAAGUGGUCCAAAUAGACACAACAACAAGAAGAGAAAACGUGAUGGUUAUUUGGCAUUUGUCGAAUUUGAAAGCGUUGAGAAGGCACAAAUGUUUCUAGACAAGUUUGAAGGACAAAAGAUAAAGAUUAGAAACAGAACCGCCUACCUCAAGUUCUCUGAAAAACAACAAUUGGAAGGUACUCCUGGAGGAUUGACCAUGAAUGUUAAUGAAGACUUGAACACAGUACCUGUUAGCAAGACUGUUGUAAAUACCAAUAACGCAACCAUUAUACAUAUUACAUUUACUCAUUGCGAUGAGUAUAAUUAUCCCCUCAACGUUGAUUUACUCUUUAAUUUAUUCAGCAAGUUUGGAACCAUUGAAAAGAUUAAUAUUUUCAUCAAGAAUGAACUCACCCAAUCACUUGUUCAAUUCAAGUCAGACACUGAAGCAACAGAAGCUGUCAAGGAAAUGGAAGGUGUUUUUGUCUAUCCAGAGAUGAAACUUUAUAGAAUGAAUAUUCAAUUCAGCAAAAAGUCACGUGAAGAACUUUUAAUCAAGGAGACUAACCAUAGAAAUAGAGACUAUGUUGUUCAUCCAAUGCGUUCUCAGAAACCAUAUGAUGGUAGUGGCAGCAGCAUGAGAUACAACAACAAUACUCCUUCUAAUAAUCACUAUGCUCCUCCACCUGAAGACCCAUACUAUGUCUCUGAAUCAUCGAAUAGCAAUUCUCCAGACAGAAGAAUUCCUGGUAAUGAUAUGGAUGAAAUGAUGCACAAUAGAAGAAAAUCACCUCCUCCAUACAUGUCAUCACGUGAUUCUUACCCUUCUCAUCAUUUUGCUCAACCAUCCUAUAAUAAUUAUCCACCUCCAUCUUCUUAUUAUCCACCACCAUCAUCUAGUUCUAAUGGUGCCAUGAUGAUACCACCACCAUCAUCAAUGCAUUCAUACAAUGGUCCAAACGAUUAUAUGGGCUCAUCAGGUUUCCCUCCAAUGGGUGGACCACCUCCAAUGCCUCCUCAACAUCACGGAGUGCCACAGCCUCAUCAUGGUCAUCCUCAACAAUUCCCUCCACCUCCUUCUUAUUCAUCAAACGGAGUACCACCUCCAAUGCACAUGCCAAUGUUCCCUCCAGGUACUUGUGUUGUUAUUGUUAAGAAUCUUCCAGUCCAAUGUACAUGUGAUCAUUUAUUCGUUCUGUUUGGCCUCUAUGGUGAUGUUAUCAAAGUUAGUAUUAGUUUAUCUAAGAAGGAUCACAAGACUCCAUACAUGGCUUUUAUUCAAUUCAAGUAUCCACACGAGGUUGGUAAUGCUCUCCGUUUCCUAGGUGCUCCAUUCUAUCCAACUUUCAACAAGUAUACACCUGGAAAUACACCUAUUUCCAGUGGGUCCACUCUAUUUGGAAAAGAGUUACAUAUUGAACCAUCUUUCCGUAUUUUUGACAUUAUUCCUCCAAGAUCAUCAAAGUCAAAGGAAAAUGACGGUUCAAAGGAUAUUUUAUUUAGAUCCUAUGAAAACUCUCCUCUUCAUCGCUUUACUCCUAGACAAGGUACUCAAGAAAGUUACCAAGCCAACAUGAAGAAGCUUAUGAACAUUUGUCCUCCUUCUCCUGUUCUUCAUAUCAGUAAUGUAUCAGGAACAACAACUGAGGAUAAGAUUAGAAGAGAAAUUGACAAAUUGUUCGAAUCACCAAAUCAAAGAAAGCAAAAGUCAAGAAUUGUGGACUUUAAAUUCAUCGACUACAAGAAAACUCAAACAUCUGAUCAUAAAAUGAAAGAAAAGAAAUCAGCAAUCAUCGAAAUGGAUAGUAUUGAUGCAGCAACUACUGUUUUAGUUGAAUUGCAUGAUAUUUCCAUUGAUUCUCAUCACUUGAACAUCAAGUUUAGCAACAGAAGUGGCAGUCAAUCCUCGUCACAAAGCCACUAUGAUUCAUACUACCAAAAUGAUCAAAGAUCCAACAACAAUAGACCACCAAGAAGAAGUAGUGAUAGAAUGCCUCAACAAGACACAAUGAUGGGAGAAAAUCAGGAUAAUUAGUCUCAUCACACUCCUCUCACAACACUCAACAUUCAUAUCCUUCACACAUUUGUGCCUCUUCUUUUCGUCAAAUCUUGAUGAUCAACUUCUUCAUCUCAUUAAAACACUUUAAAAUUUCAAAAA